GUUGGAUUUGUCAAUUUCAAGAACACAUAUGGGGAUUCAUAAAUUUGAGGAGCCACAAACAGAACCGUUAGAUUUGUCAAUGACAAGAAUGAUUGAGAGACGGAUUGGACCAUCAUAUCUAUCAGCGCCAGAGAUAAGUGGGGGACAAGUAGAACUCAGCGAAAUUGAUCAGAAUGACGCAAGAUCGUUGAACCUACCAGUUGAAGAAGUGAGUAAGGAACAAACAGGUAUAGCAAUUGAUCCGAAGACAUUAUCCCUUCAAAAGGAAACCUCAAGGUUAAAAAAAACAUACGACUAA